GCCGAAAUCGCCUAAUCGCGUAUACGCCGCGAAUUCGUAUUCGUUUUCGUAUUAAUGCAAACAAAUACUUUUUAAUUUGCAAAUUAUGGGGCGCGCAAAAGCAGGACAGGGCGAGAGCAUAGCAUCAAUUUCAGUCGCCCAGCGGACGCCGAGCGAAGCGGUCGCGUUCCCUUGAGUUGAGUUGAGUUGAGUUACCUUCUUCUGUCCCCACCGACAAAAAGUCGGCGAAAAGGAAUGGAUUUUCGCAAAUUCGGCAAGAAACAAGAGCAGCAACAGCAACAGCAACACACACAGCAGAAGAACUCUCGGCCGCUCGAAACUGAUAAGUGCAACUUGUGAAAUUGAUACUGGAGCGCGAGCCCUUGAUUGAAAUGCGCGGAAGUUUCCACUUGUCGAGCAGUCGGAGCUAUCAUAGGCCAGCCCAAGCCCACCACAGGUGCCCCAGUAGUAGUCGACGACGUCGCCACUACAGCUAAUUGUGGCCAUUAAUUGAUUGGCAGCGCACGGCGCACCACACCGACCACCGGCUGCCAGACACGCCCCCCUUCCCAGAGAAAGGCAUCCCACCGCCCCCCCGCCACGAAUAAAGCCAAUAAAACCCAUAAAGGCCUUAAAAUAGCCGAAAUGAAGGGCCAGCAGGAGGAGCAGCUGGUGCCGCCGGCCUACAGGCCGACCGUCGUUGGCAAGGACACCAAGGAUACGAAGCAGAAGCCCCUUGGGGAAGGUCGCCUGGCAGUGCUCCGCCAGCAACUGAUGGUCUUCCUCGGCAACAGCGGAGUCCUCGGCUCCGGAAUGGUGGUCAGCAUGCCGGCCGUCACGCUCAACCAGCUGCACGACGAGUCGCAGCCCUUUUGGCUCAACAAGGACGAGUCCAGUUGGUUUGCCUCCAUCCAGAACAUGGCCUGUCCCCUGGGAGGACUCCUGGUCAGCUACUUCCUGGAUCGCAUUGGCCGCAAGUACACCAUCCUGCUGACGAACCUGAUAGGACUGGUCGGCUGGAUCCUGCUGGCGACCAGCUUCAUGCACUCCGACCGCGACAUGAUCUACUACCAGAUGCUGGUGGGCCGCUGCUUCGGGGGCAUCAUGAUCGGGAUGUUCGUGUCGCCGGUGGGCGUUUACUCCGCCGAGAUUAGCUUGCCGAGGAUACGAGGUCGCCUGAUUCUGGGCACCUCGCUGGGCCUGGCCAGCGGCAUCCUGCUGAUGUACUGCCUCGGCUACUUCAUCAGGAACAACAUCCAGCUGAUCUUCACGAUCAGCUGCUGCUACCAACUGGCGGCCACCGUGGCUGUCUUUCCCAUGCCGGAGUCCCCCAGCUGGCUGCUGACCCGAGGCAGGGAGGAGCGGGCCAGGAAGUCCCUCAGAUACUUCCGUGGUCUGCCCAAGAAAGAAGUGGAUUAUGUUCCGGAGUUCGAGGCGGAGCUGGCGCACAUGAAGGAGCUGGCGGACGCGAGCAACUCCACGGCGGCCGCCGAGUCCUUGGGCCAGAUGAUCCAUCGGCCGGAGGUCUACAAGCCGGUGCUGAUGAUGACCACCUUCUUCGGGUUCCAGCAGGCCUGCGGCGUGGUGGUGAUCAUCGUGUACGCGGUCCAGAUUGCGCAGCAGGCGGGCGUGACCAUCGAUCCGGUGCUGGUGGCCGUGAUGCUGGGCGUGGCCCGGAUCAUCACCACGCUCUUCAUGAGCGGCAUCUUCGAGAAGUGGGGCCGCAAGCCAUCGGGGAUCUUCUCGGCCAGCGGCAUGGGCAUCUGCAUGCUGCUCCUGGCCGGUGGUAACUGGUUCCCGGACACUUUGGGCACCUGGCACUGGCUGCCGGUGGCCUGUAUCGUGGCCCACAUCGUGUUCUCCACGAUGGGCAUGCUCACGCUGCCCUUCUUCAUGAUCUCCGAGGUCUUCCCGCAGCGAGCGCGCGGCAGUGCCUCCGGCAUCGCCAUCUUCUUCGGCAUGAUCCUGGCCUUCGUCAUGCUGAAGAUCUACCCGAAUAUGGAGGCCGCCCUGGGCACGGCCAAUCUGUUCGCCUUCUACGCGGCCAUCUCCUUCCUGGCGGCCGCCUUCAUUGGCUUCUUUGUCCCCGAAACGAGGGGCCGCACCCUCGAGGAGCUGGAGGAGCGCUGGCAGACCGGAAAGUUCUCGCGCCGGUUAACCAUAAUCAACCUGAAGGACGUGGAGCUGCACGAGGUGUUCCUCAAGAAAUAGGUGCACAGUGCACAGUCACAAAUCGGGGGGAUUAUAGUCAAGUUCCGAUGACCACACAUUAAAUCACUGGCGAAACCAUAUAAACUCUAACUUAAGUGGGACUGAAGACGAAUGUGGAGCACGGAAUUCCAUUGGAAAACGGAUCGGGGUAUUCAAUCUGUGAUGUGUUAAGUACUUAGCCUUGGCAGCCACAAUCUGUGGCCACUCGAUAAACAAUAAAUACCAUUUAGUAAACAAAAUUCAAUCAAAGUGCAUCUUCAAAUUGCCGACGAGGCAGAAAUGCGAUGCAUAUUGGUCAGGCCACGAUGAAAUUUUACACAUCAACUUAUUUUUUGUUUUUUUUUUUUUUAAAUAAUUGUUAGACUCCUGCGCCCUGUAUUAUAUUAAUAAAAUAUGUGUAAUAAAACACUGCUAUUUGCAGCAAUAAAAAA